UGUUAGGUUUGCAAGGCAUUGUGGUAAAAUUUACAGCCGCCAUCUUUUUUCCUAGGUGGAUUAAGGCUGGGUAUUUUUCUGGUGUACAACUAUUAAAAGGAAUUAAGGGUAAGCAAAAAAUCAAUGCAGAGAUGAAUUAUAUGGUCAACUUUCUUCUCUGAGAAUGUCCUGUAACUGGGUUCUUGGGAAGGUCACUUACUACAUCGUGUAAAUUUCACAAACUGUCCCACUUGACUUUUGGGGCUGGGGCGCAGAGGAGUUUUUGACCAAUGAGAAUGAGAAUUUUCUUGCUAUAGCAUGUUUUUUUGUUUUGUGUUUUCGUUUUGUUUGCCAUGCACUCCUGCCUCACCCUCCUGGAGACAAUGCAUUUUAUUUAUGAAUUAAUCUUUUCAUCACUUUCUGUUUUAUUCAGAAAACAGUUCUUGCAGUAUUGGACAAACUCAUCAAUCCCCACUGGCCAUACCUGCCUCAGAGCAAGGACGAUGAUGAAAACCAGGAUGAAAUCGAGCGUGCUUUGAGUAGUGUACCUGAUGAUCCAAUGAACUAUGACUUCUUUUAUCACGUACUGGAGGCCGACGACAGUGGAAGACAGCCUAAAAUAGAGGUGGCCACAGAAGUGGAUGAACAUGGCACAGCGAUUAAGACGCAAACACUACCUAACCCGAAAUUUAACCAUAAGUCACUGUCUUGCCUUAGGCGCAUUGCAGAGAGUGGAAACAAGGAAGCUGUGCAGCACCCUGUCGUCCGAAUGCUAGUUUCAAGAAAAUGGAACAACUUCGCCCAUUGGUGGUUCUGCGUUCAAGCAUCUUUCUACAUAUUGUUUCUAACACUGUUAUCAUACGCACUCAUCCAUGGCUCGACUGUUGAAGACCCAAACCAGUACGAUGGUAAAGCAGAUGGUCUGCGGCUAUUCUGUGAAAUCUUCACUAUCAUCUUUCUCAUGUUUUACUUUUUUGAGGAGGUCAACCAAGCGGAACGGGAAUGGAGAACCUAUUUCAAAGAUCCUUAUAACUAUUUUGACUGGCUGGGUCUUAUCUUGACAUUUCUCGUUAUUCCUCUUCGGUUUGUUGAGGUUGAUUCCCAAUGGAGUCUUGCCGGGCUCGGCUACUUGUUCAAUUUCCUACGGCUCUUCAAGUUUUCCUGCGUCACCAGAACCACCGGUCUGUACACGAAGACUCUUGCAAGAAUUAUCUACCGUGAUAUAACUCGUUUUAGCGUCGUAUUUGUCGUUGUGUUUCUUGGAUUCUGUGGCGCGAUGUACAUGGCGCUGAAAGCUACAGGUUCACAGGAACUGUUCAGUUGUUCUUUGUGUUUCAGCGUUCAAGCAUCUUUCUACAUAUUAUUUCUAACACUGUUAUCAUACGCACUCAUCCAUGGCUCGACUGUUGAAGACCCAAACCAGUACAAUGGUAAAGCAGAUGGUCUGCGGCUAUUCUGUGAAAUCUUCACUAUCAUCUUUCUCAUGUUUUACUUUUUUGAGGAGGUCAACCAAGCGGAACGGGAAUGGAGAACCUAUUUCAAAGAUCCGUAUAACUAUUUUGAUUGGCUGGGUCUUAUCUUGACAUUUCUCGUUAUUCCUCUUCGGUUUGUUGAGGUUGAUUCCCAAUGGAGUCUUGCCGGGCUCGGCUACUUGUUCAAUUUCCUACGGCUCUUCAAGUUUUCCUGCGUCACCAGAACCACCGGUCUGUACACGAAGACUCUUGCAAGAAUUAUCUACCGUGAUAUAACUCGUUUUAGCGUCGUAUUUGUCGUUGUGUUUCUUGGAUUCUGUGGCGCGAUGUACAUGGCGCUGAAAGCUACAGGUUCACAGGAACUGUUCAGUAAUUACGCGUGGCUAAUGUUAGCUGCCGUCAGAGCUCUCGUUGAACAACAACCUGCUGAGGAAGAUUAUUCAAAGUUCAACUGGCUGGCUAUCCUCAUUCUUCUUGCCUACAUGGCGAUGGUGAUUGUAAUUCUCCUUAACAUUCUGAUCGCCCAGCUGAGCUACACUUACAGUGAAGCGAAGAAGACUGCCAAACUGCAAUACGCCAUUGAUACCAUGUUUAUUGUCACUCGACUGGAGUACAGCAGAAUUGCAAGAUGGAAUUUAAGGGUCAAGAAUUACUCGGAUGGUGACUGGGUCAGCGAGGACGAUUUAGCUAAAGAAAUGUUAGAAUACACUGAUGACAGACACCCCUGGGAGACAAUGGAAGACAGACUUACGGAUAUCAGGGAGAUUAUGAGAAAAGUGGUCAGAAGAGGAAAAGAUAAGGGACCCUGGGACUCAGUGGAUGAGAAAUUGACUCGUUUAACAACUAUUAUUGAGAAACUUCCUGAAUCCAAAGCCGAUACGCAGUAAAUGAACCACGUCCCAUAAUGCACCAAGAACGUCUUGUUGGAGUGACGUCAUGUCCUGGUGAAGUUCGUAUCCAGUCUUUUUGCUGUUUCCGGCCAAAGCAAUGAGCAACCUCAGCUUAGUUCAAAAAAGCAAGGUCGUGAUAUAUGAAGUAGCUUUACAGUGUACAGAUUUCUUUUAAAUCGAAGCGAUGGUAGAUAAACACUUUAAAAAGUAACAGCUGGGGAUUGAAAAGGAGCUUGGACGGUUUAAGACUGGGUGCAAUUGAGACGGUUUACAUUGACAAGCGUGCAAAAUGUAGGAUGUAUUAUGAUGUAAGCGUAAGAUGUUGGCACUGCAGCCAGUGUCUUGCACUGGUCUUACAGCAUUCGUACCCGGAGUCUUCGUUCCCCUUAACCAGCGGUCGGUAAGCGCUCUGUUUAAAAGUCCGAAAAUAUCGGACUUCUGGUUUAAUUGCGCAUGCAUAGCUGACAAACACGCAAACACGUGGCUCGAGUCGAGUCGUUGACGCAUUAUUUCCGCUCAUGUCCAUUGUCUUUAACACCAUGAAUCCAAAUCAAGCCUGCAACGGAACUCAGACCUUCGCUGUCGAGAGUAGAGUUGAUUGCGCUUUCUCUAAUUCUGGGGAGGCACUUGUUCUUAUGGACCACUCGUCCCAACCCUCUACCUUCAAUUCUGGAGUUAAUAAAUAUAAGCUUAACGCAUUACGGCUAUGCGACAAGGAUAUAAACAUCGACAUCAACAGCGAGUUUUUCGGAAAUAAUGUUGAAACAAGUUUCUUAUUUCAUUUUAUUAUGUAACGAACAUGUGAAUUUAUUUAAUCCCAAGUAUUUCGAAUGGUUUUUAUUUUUACCUAUGUUAUCCACAUUAUAUUUCAGUCAGGAUUUUCAAGUAGGUAAGAGGAAUUUUCCCCUAUAAUGCAUAAGGAAAUUGGUCGUAAAUAAAAUGAUAAAUUCUCCCAACUGGUACCAUAAGAAUUGUAUAAGACCAGUAACGGUAAAGAGAAUUUGCAUGUUGACAGAAAGAGGAAAUAAUAAGGCAUAUCCAUUGCACAUGAAUUUUUUUAGUUGUAAAAUAAUGUCUGCUCUUGCAUAUGUGAUAGCGAUAUGAAAUAAACGUAAAUAUGGUCAAAACA